AUGAAACCUAGUGAAGUAAAUGAGACAAAUGAACAAUUUCUCCUCAAGAAUCGAUACAAUCAUAUUAAAAUUGCCGCUCAUGGUAAAUUUAAAGUUGGAGAUAUGGUGAGAAUAAGCAAGUUCAAACAUGUUUUCAGUAAGGGUUAUUUGCCGAAUUGGACAACUGAAAUAUUCAAAAUCAGCAAGAUUCAAAUUACCAAUCCUGUUACCUAUCUCCUUGAUGAUUUACAAGGACAACCUAUUAGAGGAGCUUUUUAUGAACCAGAACUCCAAAAAGCUAAAUAUUCUGAUGUAUAUUUAGUUGAAAAAAUUUUACGUAAAAAAGGAAAUAAAGUUCUGGUCAGGUGGUUAGGAUUCGAUAAAUCACAUGAUUCCUGGAUUAAUGAAUCAAACAAAUUGUGA